AUGCCUUACCUGCAUGGGCCCCCGGGGCUGCAGGCCCAUCCUGUCCCCCAGAAUGCCCGGACCACUCACUCCUCAGGCCAGAGCUUUGAGCAGCUGAGGCAGGGCUCCCUGCAGACGGGCAGCCUGUUUGAGGACGUGGACUUCCCUGCCAACAACACCUCCCUGUUCUACAGUGAGAGGUCCCAGGUCCCCUUUGAGUGGAAACGGCCAGGGGAAAUCGUGGAGAAGCCUGAAUUCAUCCUGGGAGGGGCCACUAGGACAGACAUCUGCCAGGGGGAGCUGGGGGACUGCUGGCUGCUGGCUGCCAUCGCCUCCCUCACGCUCAAUGAGAAGGCGCUGGCCAGAGUGGUUCCCCAGGACCAGAGCUUUGGCCCUGGCUAUGCCGGGAUAUUCCACUUCCAGUUCUGGCAGCACAGCGAGUGGCUGGAUGUGGUGAUCGACGACCGCCUGCCCACCUUCCGUGGCCGCCUGGUCUUCCUCCACUCUGCCGACCACACCGAGUUCUGGAGCGCCCUGCUGGAGAAGGCCUAUGCAAAGCUGAACGGGAGCUAUGAAGCGCUGAAGGGGGGCAGCACCCUGGAGGCCAUGGAGGACUUCACCGGGGGUGUGGCGGAGACCUUCCUGACCAGAGAGGCCCCACAGGACUUCUACACCAUCCUGGGGAAGGCCCUGAAGCGCGGCUCCCUGCUCGGCUGCUCCAUGGAUAUCAGAAAUGCUGCAGAAUCUGAAGCCCGGACGCCUUUCGGUCUCAUUAAGGGUCACGCCUACACCAUCACGGGGCUUGACCAGGUAGACUUCCGGGGCCAGAAAAUCGAGCUCAUCCGAGUCCGGAACCCCUGGGGCCAGGUCGAGUGGAACGGGCCGUGGAGCGACAGCUCCCCCGAGUGGCAGUCCGUGGGCCUGGCUGACCAGAAGCGCCUGUGUCAUGCUGCUCUGGACGACGGGGAGUUCUGGAUGGCCUUCCAGGACUUCAGGGCCCACUUCGACAAGGUGGAGGUCUGCAACCUCAGCCCCGAUGCACUGCAAGAAGACGCGCUGCACAGGUGGGAAGUGGCCGUGCACCAGGGCAGCUGGGUCCGCGGCUCCACCGCAGGGGGCUGCCGCAACUUCCUGGAUACCUUUUGGACCAAUCCACAGAUAAAACUGUCCCUGACUGAGAAAGACGAGGGGCAGGAGGAAUGUACUUUGCUUGUAGCCCUGAUGCAGAAAGAUCGAAGGAAGCUCAAGAGGUUUGGCGCUGACAUGCUGACCAUCGGCUAUGCCAUUUACCAGAGCCCUGGCAAUGACGAACACCUGGACAAAGACUUCUUCAGGUACCAUGCCUCCCUGGCUAGAAGCAAGACGUUCAUCAACCUGAGGGAAGUCUCCGACCGCUUCCGGCUGCCCCCGGGGGAGUACAUCCUGGUCCCCAGCACCUUUGAGCCCCAUCAGGAGGCUGACUUCUGUCUGAGAAUCUUUUCGGAGAAGAAAGCCAUUAGCCGGGACCUGGAUGGCACCGUGGACAUCAACCUUCCUGAGCCCUCACAGCCAAAGCCACCUGAACAGGAGACAGAGGAGGAGCAGCAGUUCCGGGCCCUGUUCCAAAGAAUCGCCGGCGAGGACAUGGAGGUGACCGCAGAGGAACUGGAGUAUGUCUUAAAUGCUGUGCUGCAGAAGAGGAAAGACCUCAAGUUCAAGAAGCUGAGCCUGAUCUCCUGCAGAAAUAUCAUUUCCCUGAUGGACACCAGCGGCAACGGGAAACUGGAAUUCAGUGAAUUUCUAGUGUUCUGGGACAGGCUGAAGCAGUGGAUCAACCUGUUCAUUCAGUUCGACGUCGACAAGUCCGGCACCAUGUCGUCCUACGAGCUGCGGACUGCACUGAGAGCUGCAGGCUUCCAGCUCAGCAGCCGCCUCCUGCAGCUCAUCAUCCUCAGGUACGCCGACGAGGGGCUUCAGCUGGACCUGGACGACUUCCUCAACUGCCUGGUCCGGCUGGAGAAUGCAAGCCGGGUAUUCCAGGCACUCCGUAUGAAGAACAAGGACUUCAUCCACCUCAACAUAAACGAGUUCAUCAACUUGACAAUGAACAUUUGAGGCUGCCCUGGUGGGAGGCACCUGUCCAGCUGCCCACUUUCGGAAGGUGGACUGCAGUGCUGCUCCUGGUGGAUGGUCUCGCCCAGGGCUCUCUCCUUCCCUUGUUCCACGCCCACUGCCCACCUGGGAGAAUGAAAUCUCUGCUAUUC